UCUGAGUCCAAAUACUUAGGUAUAAUGAUAUUAAUGAGGCUCUUAUUUGAGGAAAUUAUUUUUUACAGUAUUCUCAACAAAUUUAUCUGUUCAAGAAUUAUCAAUUAGACAACUCAUGAGGUUGUUUUCUAAAAGUGUUCAUUACAUAAUCACAGCUCUAAAAGCCUACGCUUAACAUUUACUAGCCCACACAAAACAGAAGUUGCAAGGUCGACACACAAUCAGCGGAGGCUGAGGAACGGAAAUGCUGGAUCAAUAUGCUAAUCUGAUCAGCAGUAUUUGCCUUACUUAAUGCCUGCUUGUGGCCGUUCAUUCAUUGUAACUUAGUACGCUCGGGUGCUAAAGCGCCUUAAAUUUUAGUGACGCUAAAUCGAUGAAUGACGGAGUGAUGUGAUGAGUGAUGACGCAUAGCAUAUUCAUCACGAUUUUACGAAUGUUAUGACUAAGUAGGUAGUUAAAUGUCUAAAUUUAUUAUGUUUGUAAUAUUGACCCGGAAAACAUACACAUAGAGACUUCUGGUGUGUUGUGUUGCGUCUACAUAAUCUCAAAAUUGUGUCAUUUAUCAAACGUUAACAGUGUAAUUUUAUCAAGGAUAUGAAUUGCACAAUGCAAGACGAGAUUCUAGAAGAUAGUGAUAAAUCGAGCCCAUGCAAAGUUUAAGCAAUUAUCCGAACGAUUGUACUUGAACGAAGCGGGGCGAGUAGGCGGAGUGAGCGUAUUUUUCGAGCGGAAUUCGGGCGCGGGCGGCGCUUGCGGCUCCGUCGCAGGCGGCAGUCGCACUCCAUGCCCGACCACGACAAGUACCAGCUGCGGCCGCGCGCCGCGCGCUCCCGCGAGCCGCGCGCGCGCCGGGCGCCGCAACCCCUCAGCAAGUACCGGAGGAAAACCGCCAACGCCAGGGAGAGGAGUCGCAUGCGGGAGAUCAACCGAGCCUUUGAGACUCUGAGACAAGCCGUCCCUGCCGCUGCCAUCACUGGGACACCAGUGCCAUGCGAGAAGUUGACCAAGAUCACAACUUUGCGCUUGGCUAUGAAGUACAUAUCAGCUCUCUCGGCAGCGCUUAGGGACUCCAGUGAAGAGCCGACGCCUUCAGACCCUUGGGCUUCCCCGCUUUGCUCGGAUUUAUCGGAGUUUUCCACAGAGAUGGAGAGCCGGUCGGAGUGCGCGGAGGAUUCCCUGUCUCCCUUCGAGACGUUUCUUGCGGAGUUUGACUAUGAUACGUACAUGGAGAGAACGUUCGCGUGACGUGAAGUGUUUUGUGAUGGACUGAUGCUUUCUGAUUAGGUAUAAGUUUUAUUGCCAUAUUAAUUAAUAUAUUUUUAUACCAGAUUCUUCUUUUGAGAUUUAUUUAUUUUCUAAUUGUAAUAAAUUUUAAUUGUUAUCGUUAU